AUGCCACAACUUCACUCUGCAAAUUUUCCUGUUACUGAUGAUGGUCGUACGUAUCACUUGGACCUCGGCAAGGGUAUGAUCGCGAAUAGAAUUAUAACGGUCGGUGAUCUUGCUCGUGCUGAAAAGUAUGCUAAAUUUUUAGAUACUGAUUGCGAGAUUACUCGUCAUCAGUCUGCUAGAGGAUUUUAUGCAGUAACGGGCAAGUAUAAAGGAACUCCAGUUUCAAUCAUUGGUAUUGGAAUGGGAUUCCCAAUGAUGGAUUUUAUGAUGAGAGAGGCUUUGUUUUGUUUUCCAACUGGUUCAACGGUAGCCAUUUUGAGAUUGGGUACAUGCGGAACACCAGAUGAAUCUGUUGAAACUGGUGAUUUUGUGAUUGCAGAAGAUUCCAUUUCAGUGUAUCGCAACCCUGAUUAUUUUACUUUGAAAUUAGAAGGACAAAGUACUGAAGGUGUGCAACCAUACAUUUUCACUCUCCCUGUCAAGUCUAACUCUCAAUUCCAAGAUGAACUUGAAAAAGCAUUCCAACAACUCGAGCUCCCAUUCCAUCGUGGAAGAAAUGCAUCAGGAGAUUCAUUCUAUAGCAGUCAAGGAAGAAGAGAUGACAAUUUUGAUGAUGACAAUGAUUUUAUUGAAGGAAAAUUGCAGUCAUUGAACGUGAAAGCAAUUGAAAUGGAAUCUUUCCAUUUGCUCGAUUUGGCCCGAUGCUCAAAAACCAUCACCGUCAAGGCUUGUGCUGCCACUCUCGUAUUAGCUCAACGAGUUAAAAAUGUAUUCAUUGAUGUAAAUUUGAAACAUAGCAGAGAAGAACUCAUGGGCAAAGUUGGCCUUGAGGCUAUUGUCAACUUGCAAUUGUAG